UCUUGAAGGCCGGCUCCCUCCACGCUCCCGGCUCAGCAGCGGUGCGGACGGGCGGCGAUGCGCGCCCUGCUCCCCCUCCCGCGGCUGGGGCGAGCGCCUGGCUGCACCCUACGCAGGGCGGGCACUUAGACUCGGGCGCCUCCUCUGUGAGGCCGGGCCUGGCGCGCGUGGGAGCUGCCGAGGGACCCGGGGCGGCAGCGCUGCGCCUCGCCUCGCCUCGCGCUCCAUGGGGCUGAGCUGGAGACCGGCCCCAGCCUGCGGCGGCCAAGUCCUGCACUAGGCAGAGGCAGCGAAGGGCACCUCGGAGAGCAGAGAAGGCCCGGGGGAGCGGCCGGUAGCCGGGCACUGAGGGGGCCCCAGCACCGGCAUGUGACCGUCGCGGGGAGAUCUCCUGAAUUCAGCUAGAAGACAGAAUGGCAAUUUACAGGAGUGGGAUCUGUACCAAUCAUUUCUCACCACUGCAGUAUCUUUUAAUUUAAAGCACUAAGAUCAGAACAUCGCAUACUCCAUAUUUAAAACGAGCAGUGAGAGAAGAUGGAUACUUUCUCAGACUUUACCACAAAGAACCUCUCCUCUUCAGCCAAUAUGUCGCAUUCCCUGCCCAGCCAUUUGGACUACCAAUUCAAUGUUACCAGCCGUUCUCCUUCCAUGUCAAUAAGCAGGCUUUUCCCAGCCCUGCUACAAUGCUUUGGCAUCAUCCUAUGUGGAUAUAUAGCCGGAAGAGCCAACAUCAUCACAUCAAGUCAGGCCAAAGGACUGGGAAAUUUUGUCUCCUGUUUUGCACUUCCAGCUUUACUAUUCAAAAACAUGGUGGUACUUAAUUUUUCCAAUGUGAACUGGUCCUUCCUUUGCAGCAUCCUGGUUGCCAAAGCUUCUGUAUUUUUCUUAGUCUGUAUUUUAACAUUAUUGGUAGCCAGUCCUGAAAGUCGAUUUAGCAAAGCAGGACUGUUCCCUAUUUUUGCUACACAAAGCAAUGACUUUGCACUGGGAUAUCCUAUAGUUGAAGCUUUAUAUCAAACCACUUACCCAGAAUAUCUCCAAUACAUUUACUUAGUGGCUCCGAUAUCUCUUAUGAUGCUAAACCCAAUUGGGUUUAUCUUCUGUGAAAUCCAGAAAUGGCGAGAUAAUCGCAGUAUGUUGCACAACAAAAUGAAAAUAGUGGGACUCGGUCUCCUUCGAGUGUUGCAGAACCCAAUAGUAUUCAUGGUCUUCAUAGGAAUUGCUUCAAAUUUUAUUCUUGGCCAGAAGAUUCCGGUAUAUCUUGAAAAUUUCCUUGAUGGACUAGCUAGUUCAUUUUCUGGCUCAGCACUUUUUUACCUUGGACUCAGCAUGGUGGGACAAAUAAAAAAACUGACCAAGAAUGCGUUUGUUGCACUGAUUCUUCUCAUCACAGCUAAACUACUGAUGAUGCCACUUUUCUGUAGAGAGAUGGUGGAAUUGUUGGACAAGAAUGACAGCUUAGUCAACCACACCAGUUUAUCGAACUAUGCAUUUCUCUAUGGAGUCUUUCCAGCAGCACCUGGCGUGGCUAUCUUUGCAAACCAGUUCAAUAUGGAAGUAGAGAUUAUUACCUCAGGAAUGGUGAUAAGCACAUUUGUGUCUGCUCCUAUCAUGUAUGUUUCUGCUUGGCUAUUGACCAUUCCAUCUAUGGAUCCAAGCCCACUGGCAUCUGCAAUCCAAAACGUUAGCUUUGAUAUAAGUAUUGUCAGUCUCGUCUCCCUGAUCUGGUCUCUUACUGUUAUUCUUUUGAGUAAGAAAUAUAAACAUCUUCCUCAUAUGCUGACAACAAACUUACUCAUUGCUCAGGUUGUUGCCUGCAUUGGAAUGGUGAUAUGGAAUUUCAUUAUUAGAGAGAGAAACAUCACUCUGCAGAUUCUGGUGUUCAUCUUGUUAUACAGCUCGCUUUAUAGUACUUAUUUGUGGACAGGUUUCCUCUCUCUAACUUUACUCCUGUUAAAGAAAAGAGACGUAAUAAAGAUCCCUGUUGGCUUUAUCAUCGUAGCUGGGUGGGGCAUCCCAGCACUUCUAGUGGGAAUCUUACUAAUAACUGGUGAACGUAAUACUGAUAGCAUUGACUCAGCAUUUUUUUAUGGAAAAUAUCAGAUGGUUACCACAGCAGUGACCCUAUUCAUCAGCAUUCUGAUAUCAGGUAUCUCACUUCUGUGUAUGAACAGAAAUGGACAGGAGACUGACUAUGAGGUUUUGAACCCAUAUUCACAUAAUGGCCAGAGGGAGGACUCUGAAAGGGAAGGGAAUGAGGAGAGUCAGACGUCAAGCAGUGGCUCUCCACCUUUCGCAGAAUCCUCUGCAGAAAGAGGUUGCUGUUCUUGUCAAACAAUAAAUGGUGAGUUAUGCUGCUCUGGAGAGAGAGAGCCAGUGUCAAAUGCCACCACUAAUGAUAGCUGUACUCCUCCCACCGAGACAGCAAAUCAGUGUGAGAGUCAGUGCAGUUCUGAAAACUGCCUAUUGGCACAGGAAGAACAACGUCUGCAGAGUGGAGACAAACAACUGGCUAGACACGUGUUGCUGUGUUUACUUCUCAUUGUGGGCCUGUUUGCUAAUCUGUCCAGCUGUUUGUGGUGGUUGUUCAACCAAGAACCUGGAAGGCUCUACGUGGAAUUGCAGUUCUUUUGUGCUGUAUUUAAUUUUGGUCAGGGCUUCAUAUCCUUUGGUAUUUUUGGUUUGGAUAAACAUUUAAUCAUUCUGCCAUUCAAAAGAAGGUUUGAAUUCCUCUGGGGUAGUAGAGAAGCAGCAGAACAUGCAGAGUCUUCUGUACCUGAGGAAAUCAGGAUGACAUGUCAACAGUUUGUUCGUUAUCACAGAGAUGUCUGUGUCAGAAGCAUUGUCAAAGACAGAAGGUGUGGUGCAAAGACCUCGACUGGCAUCUUCUUUGGCUGUGAGCUGGUGAACUGGCUUAUCCAAGUUGGGCUUGUUUCUGACCGUGGUGAAGCUGUGAUGUACGGAGACAGACUGGCAAAAGGAGGAGUCAUCCAGCACAUUACCAACGAAUUUGAAUUUCAGGAUGAGUACUUGUACUACCGUUUUAUUCGUAAGAGAUCCACAGUGACUGAAAGCCAAUAACUGGGCAUGUAUUCAGAGAUUCAGAGGGGAGGCAACAAAAGGCGAGUUUGUCCUUCUCACCUGCCCUUACCACUGAAAUCUAAAGCAUUUUCUUUUUAUGCAACUUAUUGAAUUGGGUGUUUCUCACUUGUAAUGCAGAUGAAAUUUGGUGGUUCUUGUUCCACCUAAAGAAAAUUUGUAGUAAAUGGCCUGCUUUGAAUGCUCACUAAUGAAAAAAUAUUUUAAUUAUUUUAAGUAAUGUAACUGUAAAACAAAGUAAGACACUCACAGUUCAGUUAUUUUUCCAGUUUGAACGUAAGCAAUAUAAAACGAUUCCUCAUCCCCAAUAAAACUGCACUUAGCUGCUGAUGGCACAUAAAAAACUUUAAAACAUUCUAUGUCAAGAAUAUUUCCUUCUCCUGGUGAAUUCCUGAGCUCCCAUUUAAGUUAAUGGGAGUUUUUCCUUUGACUUAAUGGGACCAGGAUUCCCCCCUGCCCACUCCUGUUACUUGGGACCCUUGCAAAAACAAGGAACUCUAUGUUCAAAUUUUUACCUCUCAGUUUAUGCUGCUUAUUCCUCCCUUGAAGAGACAAUCCUCUGUUUGUGAUGAUGUUAAUUGCUGUGAAGAUGAUCAUGAUGUCAAGGAAUUAGAACUGAGAAAUGAGCAGCUGAACAAUUAACAAAGAUCCUGGUUUUAUACAAGUUUACCAAGUCUUAAAGAGAUGUUUUUAAAAAAACAAACCAACCAAACAAAACCCUAGAAACAUCACAGAAUAUAAUGAAUUCUAAGUAGUUUGUUUUCCAAAGAUUUUCUCUUAGGCAUCAGUAACUCUGCAAAGACAGAGUAAUUAGCAAAUUACACCUUCAUCUUCAAACCCUAGAAGCAAUAGCAACUCUUGGUGGGGCGAUAGAUAUUUAGUACCUCUCCAAAUCAACCCAAAACUUUGAACAAAGCAUAAAACCUCUAAACUAGGUGUAAUGAGUUUAAAAUGCAUGAUCCAAAGAAUCCUUGUUUAACUUCUGAAUUUGGUUUUAGAAUAUCUAAGUAUCUGAAAAUUACAUUGUCUUUAUCAAAGCUUUAUUUCAUGGAUACAAGAUAAUCAAAUUCUAAUAAACCCCGGUAACCUCCCUCAAAUGUUCAAAUAGUUACUCGAGUACUGUAUGUUGUAUUCAUAUCUAACUUGAAUGUACUGAAAGGAGAGUUUGAGUCCAUGUUAUCUAUAAUAAUUUGAAAUGGCUAAAGCAGAACCCUGGAGUAUGGAAUAGCCCUUUUUACCGGCCUUUUAAAACUGCAACAAGAGCACUAAAUUGUUGCCAUAAAAUUUCUAAUCACUAUUGUAAUUGAAAAAACAGGAACAAAAUCUGCUUUGUUUCCUCAUCUGGAGUAUCUACAUGUAUAGAGCAAUUUCCCUCAGACCCCCCCCUUAUUUUUUUUUAAGACACAGAUUUUACUUUACCUUUUUAUGUGGCCAGUAUCUGCUAGUAGUAAGAAUUAGUCGUUUUAACAGGAUAAACCACAAUACAAGGAGAAGUGACUUUACAGUAGCUACAAUGUGGAUGUUGCACCACAUGCAUGCAAGACUGACACUGAGAAAGCAAUUCCUUUUUGCUGUCAAAUAUAUAGUCUUAUUGCACGUUAGUCUGCUGUGUGCAUUGAUGCAGACAGUGCCCUAUUGUAUGCUAUACAAACUAAGAUUUUCUUUUUCCACAACAAAGAAACUGACAUUUGUAACAGGCGGUGGAUUAGCAUAAUCCAUGAGUGAAAUGGAUGGCGUAAUUUUGUUACACUGCAACAGCUGAAAACAGCUGUGUCAAGCUAUUUUGGAUUAAUUAUAGAUGUGUGUGUUUUAAGAGUAGAAGCAGUUAAUAUCUCUGGCUUCUGAAUGUUGCAACUUCUCAAUAAAUCUAUAGUUAUUUA